AUGGGUUCAACUCUCAUGCUCACGAGGCAUGAACGCAUCCACACUAAGAAAGGAGGCCACAUGAAGACGCAGGGUGACCCGGACGAGGUGGAAGACCUGGCCACCUUAGAGGUGCUGGAUGAGAACACGGUCACUGAGCAUCUUCAGAGUCGCUAUGGAAGAGACCAAAUCUACACGUAUGUGGGGGACAUCCUCAUCGCAGUCAACCCUUUCCAUAAGAUGGAGAUAUACAACCCUCAGGACACUAAGAUGUACAUCGGAGCCAAACGCACAGUGAACCCACCGCACAUCUUCGCUGUGGCCGAUGUCGCCUACCAGUCCAUGGUGUCAUACAACACAGACCAGUGUGUCGUGAUCAGUGGAGAGAGCGGAGCAGGGAAAACAGAGAGCGCUCAUCUGCUGGUGCAGCAGCUGACUGUUCUCGGGAAGGCCAAUAACCGGACGCUCCAGGAGAAGAUCCUGCUGGUGAACAGCCUGGUGGAGGCUUUUGGAAACGCCUGCACCGUCAUCAACGACAACUCCAGCCGCUUCGGCAAAUACCUGGAGAUGAAGUUCACGUGCGUAGGAACGGUGGUGGGGGCGCAGAUCUCCGAGUACCUGCUGGAGAAAUCCAGAGUCGUCCACCAGGCCGUAGGAGAGAGAAACUUCCACAUCUUCUACUACAUUUACGCGGGCCUGGCCGACAGGAAGAAGCUCGCCCACUACAAGCUCUCCGACAGCAAAACCCCUAAGUAUCUGUGUAACGAGCACAUUAAAUUAGGGCCUGACAUCGUGAGCAACACCUUCUACAAGGAGCAGUUUGACGCAGUGGAGCAGUGUUUCAAAGUCAUCGGAUUCACCCUGGAGGAGCUGGGCAGUGUGUACAGCACCUUGGCUGCCAUCCUGAACUCUGGAGACAUCGAGUUCAGCCCGGUCGCCUCGGAGCAUCAGACCGACAAGAGCAACAUCUCCAACAUCUCAGUGCUGGAGAACGCGGCCUCGCUGCUGCACAUCCGCUCAGACGAGCUCCAGGAAGCCUUGACCUCCCACUGUGUGGUUGCCCGGGGAGAGACCAUCGUCAGGCCCAACACGGUGGAGAAGGCGGCGGAGGUGAGGGACGCCAUGGGCAAGGCUCUCUACGGACGCCUCUUCAGCUGGAUCGUCAACCGCAUUAACUCGCUGCUGCGGCCCGACAGCCAGCUAGGAGAAGAGGACAAGGGCCUGAACAUCGGCAUCUUGGACAUCUUCGGUUUCGAGAACUUCAAGAAGAACUCUUUCGAGCAGCUCUGCAUCAACAUCGCCAACGAGCAGAUCCAGUUUUACUUCAACCAGCACAUAUUCGCCUGGGAACAGGAUGAAUAUCUGAAUGAGGAGGUGGACGCUCGGAUGAUCGAGUACGAGGACAACCGGCCUCUCCUGGAUCUGUUCCUGCAGAAGCCCAUGGGGAUGCUGUCGCUCCUGGACGAGGAGAGUCGCUUCCCACAGGCCACCGACCAGACCCUCGUAGACAAAUUUGAAGAUAAUCUGAAGACCAAAAGCUUCUGGAGACCAAAGAGAGUUGACCUUGGCUUUGGGAUCCACCACUAUGCUGGAAAGGUCAUUUACAACGCCGCCGGCUUCUUGGCCAAGAACAGAGACACGCUCCCAGCCGACAUCGUCCUGCUGCUGCGGUCGUCAGAGAACGAGCUGAUUCGCAAACUCGUCACCCACCCGCUCACCAAGACAGGGAACCUCGCCCACACCAAGGGCAAAGUAAACACGAUGUGCAACCCGCGGACCCCGACACGCACCAUCAACCUCACCAAGGCGGGCGAACAAGGAGACGUUCCGUACCACCCGAGAGAAACAACCAACAUGAGGACGCAGACCGUGGCCUCCUACUUCAGAUACUCUCUGAUGGACCUGCUAUCCAAGAUGGUGGCAGGGCAUCCUCACUUCGUGCGCUGCAUCAAGCCCAACAACGAUCGCCAGGCCAACAAGUUCGACCGGGAGAAGGUUCUGGUUCAGCUGCGUUACACCGGGGUCCUGGAGACCGCCAAGAUCCGACGGCAGGGCUUCUCCCACCGCAUCCUGUUCGCCAACUUCACAAAGAGAUACUCCAUCUUGGCGUUCCAUGCUCACGAGGAGCCGGAGGCGACUCCAGAAACCUGCUCAACAAUACUGGAGAAGGCGAAGCUGGAGAACUGGGCAAUGGGGAAAACCAAAGUUUUCCUGAAGUACUAUCACGUGGAACAUCUGAAUCUGAUGGUGCAAGAGGGCAUGCAGCGACUGGUUCUGCUCCAGGCUUACAUCCGAGGCUGGUUGGGAGCCAAGCGCUACCGGCGGAUAUUAAAAGAGCGAGAACAGAGCGCUCUGGUGCUGCAGUCAGCUUACAGAGGUCAGAAAGUUCGGAAGAAGGUCACCGAUGACAAAAACAAAGCAAAGCUUGAGGCGUUCAUUGUUCAGUUUCAGGCUGUUUGCAGAGGCUAUCUCGCAAAAAAGAUAUACAAGGAGUUGGUAGACGAGAAGAACAAAGCUGCAACCAAGAUUCAGGCUCGCUACAGAGGGCAUAAAGAAAGGAAAAGCUUCAAGAGAAAACGGGAAGAGAAAGAGAAAGCGGAGAAGGAACAGGCGUCUGAACCAGAGAAAAGCACCGAAGACUCGAAUCCAGAAACUCAAGCAAACAACGAAGAGGAGGAAGCUAAAGCUGCCGUCGUUCUCCAGAGCAACUACAGAGGCUUCAAAGAGAGGAAAAAGUUUAAGGAGAGGAAACAGACGAUGGCUGGGCCCGAGGUGGCAGAAGACGAGGAACAUCCAGAUAUAGCUGACGAGGACGUGAUCGAGGACACGCCAGAGGCAGAGCCGGGAAAAGAAGAGAAGGAAGAGGACAAGAGUGGAGAGGAAACUGCAGCAGGGGACGAGGAAGUCAACGUUGAGGAGGAAACCAAGGCGGCGACUGUUCUCCAGAGCAACUUCAGGGGUCACAAAGAGAGGAAGAGGUUGCAAGAAGAAGGUAAAAUCCCAGCUAAGAAACAGAAGACAAGCACAACUGGUGAAGAAGCGAUCAGCCCUGAAGCUGAGGAGGAGGUGCAGACAUCAGAGGACAUCUGCAGCGAUGGAGCAGAAGAAAACAAGGAAACUCAAGAAGCUUCUUCGGCAUCAGGCGACCAGGACGAGACAAAAGCAGCCGUGGUGCUUCAGAGCAACUUCCGAGGCCACAAGGAGCGCAAACGACUCGAGGAGGAAGGAAAGAUCCCAAAGAAAAGGAAAAAAGAAGAGAUCUCCCCCGAAUGUCCAAAAGAAGAAGAGGAGGAAGAGGCGAUGCACACAGAGGAACCGGUGCCGGAACCUCAGCUGGACUCAUCUGCUGAGAACCUGGAGGAUCUGGACGAGGAAAAGGCUGCGACUGUCCUGCAGAGUAACUUCAGAGGCCAUCGAGACCGAAAGAAGCUGAAAGCAGAGCAAGACGCACGGAGGAGAGCGACAGAAGGAGAGGAGGAGAAGGAGGAGGAGGUGGUCCUGGACGUUUCUGAUGUAGUGAUCGAACGUAGAGAGGAGAGCGAUGUCGAAAAAGAACGAAUGGAGGAAGAACAGGCUGCGGUGAAGAUCCAGAGCAACUUCAGAGGAUACAAGGACCGAAAGAACCUGAAGACCAACCAGCAAACAGCACAGAGAGAAGCUGAGGAGCUGCAGGACUUCUCCAAACAGAUCGCAAAAACGUCUCAGGACUUCCUGGCCCUGCAGGACAAGUUGAACGAGAUCAUCCAGGCCCAUCAAUCAAACCCCGCCAACAACGGCAUGUUCGUGAGAGGCAAAGCAAUCAAUGGCUUCCCUCCCCAGGAUCACCAAUCAAUCUUUUCUCGAGCGCAGCACAUGGCCCGAGCUCAGAAGACGGUGUCGCGGACCCCCCGCAGGACGCAGCAGCCGAAGACCCUGAACACGCCAGAGGACUCCACCUACUACAACCUGAUUCACCGCUCCGUCCAGGAUGACAGACGCAAGCCCAGGAAAGAAGAUCCAGGGAAGCUUCUGGAUGUCGACGACUUCUACUACCGAGGUCUGAUCACCAGCAGGUCGGAACCCUCCAUCCCCACAGAGGAGACGUCCCAGAGCAGCAGCACGACCGAGAGCAGGCGCUCCUCGGUCAGGAGGCGCUCCUCGGUCAGGAGGCGCUCCUCGGACAUGAGACGCUCCUCGGACAGGAGGCCCCCUGCUGAGCAGAGACCAGCCGCUGCCGGGAGACCGACCAGAGAGCGAGCCGUCACUGAACCAGAGCCGCCCAGACCGGCCAAAGACCUCAGGCGCUCGGUUCACAGGACGACCUCCACGGAGAGCCGGGUCGAGGACAACCCGUACGACUUCAGACAUCUGCUGAGGAAGACCUCGCAGAGACGAAGGCUCAUCAAACGCUACUGA